CUCUUCUCUCCUGGGCCCGUCUCCGUCGUCUCUCGCACCACCCCAAUCCGUCUUGAACAUGCUACACAUGUCCGUCCACGCCUUUCCUGUGCAACACAGCCCUCUCGGCAGCGGUGUUGGCGGGGCCCCAGCCCAUUCCAACGUGUCCAACGGCCCGAAGCCAACCCACCCGAUCAAGUGUUCGGUAUGCCCCAAGGUCUUCAAGAGAAGCGAGCACUGCGCGCGCCACGAGCUCUCGCAUACCAACGAACGGCCGUUUGCUUGUCAGUUCUGCCACAGGACCUAUGCGCGCAAGGACCUCGUCAAAAGACAUGAGAAAACGAUACAUGCCGACCUUUACAAUGCACUUGUGAAUUCGCGUCGCCCCAAACAGAAUGAACGCACCUAUAACCCCAACGCGCUGAAUGCGCAAGCUCCCCCUGUCCUCCAGACCAAUACUAGUCCGGCACAGCUAGGCCACGAUACUGCCACCAUCACAGAGCUUGCCGCCUCUGAUGAUAACACCGUCCAGGCUCACAAUGAACCGACAACUACCUCGAGGAGAGCCUCGUUUUCUGGCGGCGCGGACACAAUCAGAGCCGAUGCGGUUACGUCGCCACCUCGUGCCCCUUCGAUACCUCCUUUCCUGCCCAAUAAUGCCAUCGCACUCGGCAAUGCUGCUGCCGCAUCUCCGGUCACACAUCGAGGCACAUCAUCCAUAUCGGCAAUGGAUGCAAGGAUCUCAGGUCCGUCACCGCCAAGUUCUCCAGUGCCAGGUAAUGAACAGUACGAUUUCAGCAUCGGCAACCUCUUGAUGGCGUCCCCAUCUGAUGCACUGUCGAGUUCGGGUAACCAUGUCGAUGUGUUCCAUUUCGGGCAGCCAUGUAACAAGCGCCAGCGGCUGUCUGAUGGCGGUCCAUCGAUGCCAUCCGUCCAGAAUGACCAAUCCUUCUCAAUGUCCGCUCCCUCGCCGAUGUCGUCGGGAGACGCCGCAAACCUGCUUCUUCCCCCGGAUCUCAUGGAUACCGACCUUAUGAUGGGAAGGUUCCUCGAUACAAAUGGAGCUACAGGCGACCUCCUUGGCGACUCGGAUACCUCCGGGGUUAUAUUUCCAGGGCGUACCACCAGCUCACCGUCAGGACACUUCUCGGACUCUAUCAGCGAUAGCGGAACGGAGAAGCCUGAUCGACUACGCCUGCCGAGGAUCUUGAAGGAGAAGUCUGAGAAUCCCCCUCGGUUAGCCGUUGAUGAGGCUGCUUUUCAAGCAUUAUCUGCUGAUAUCAGGCAACGACUUGGCAACGAUGAGGUGAAGCUUCCUCUUAACAAUCGCCGGGAGCUCCAGCAUUUUUUGAAUGGCUACCUUGAUUGUUUUCAUCGACAUCUGCCCAUUCUGCACUUGGCAACUCUCGAUGUGUCACAAACACCCAGUCCCUUGGUCCUUGCCAUGUGUUGCAUCGGAGCGCUCUACCGACUGGAUCGGCAGAAGGCUCGGAACAUUUACCUCAUGGCCGCUAAAAUCUCAGAGACGAUUUCCACAGCAUGUUCUUAUCCUUCACCGCUCACUUCACAUUCCUCCCUUUCUCUCGAGGAUCGAGAUGCCGGUAAAGCAGCGAGCACUAAGCCCCUGUGGUUGAUGCAAGCACGCAUCCUACUGCUGCUCUAUGCUGCGCUUGGCAACGACAGCGCCAUUAUGCAGUCUGAGCUUUGGAGAAUGGGCGUGUUCAUUACCGAGUAUCGCGCUCGACGAUCUGCGCUCAAAGCCAAAAGUUGUCACCAUCCAGAGCUCCGAUGGCAUGAAUGGAUCGAAAUCGAGGCAACCAAAAGGUUUCUCUGCGCCAUGUUCAUUUGCAGUAGCCUGCUUGUACUAGUAUAUGACAUCGCUCCUGGGGUCGGCAUCACGCAGGAUCUAGAAUUCGAAUUGCUCGAAGAAGAAAAGCUAUGGAAUGCCGCUAAUGCCGAAGAUUGGCGAGCUCUUCGAGAGUCUGCAUCACCAUCGCCCCCAAGGACCAUACGGAGUGUCAUGGGAGACAUGCUCGCAGGCAAGACCAACGACAACAUCGAUGGUUCUCUGUACUACGUCUCUGGAUUUACAACGCUCCUGAUUAUCCACGGGCUAAACUUGUACGCUUGGAAUCUCAGCCAGUUCAGUCACGUAUAUAUUUCGCCGUUUUCCGAUCUCUCAGGCGUGGCAUCAAACACUUUACUCACGAAUGCCUUGUUGACGUUCGCGAGGUGUAGCGAAGUUCUACAACUUGCAAGACCAGAAGGCAUCGAGUCUCUCUGGAAUAACCCCGAAGGACCGCUACUACUGAAUUGCGAGGCAAUGCUACGUGUGGCAUACACACGAAUGUUUCUUAGUGCGAGCAUGCCUGAAGGCCUCGUACUGCUUUCCAACCCAUCAGACGAGAACGUUCGACUGCUGGCCAACUUCGUCGCCGCCCCACAGGAACGCACACCACUUAUCACCAAGGUAAUGACGAGCAUGUGCGAAGCAUUUUCCGUGCCAUCAAAAGCAGGCUAUCUGCUUGUGCAAAAGACUGCGGCAAUCAACUGGAGCGUUGAGCAUUACGUGAAGUAG